AUGCACGUCGGCGCCCGCGGGGGUGGGCAGCGCCUCGCCUGCAUGCUGCGGCUUUUGGGUGCUCCCCCCCUGCGUCUCAGCCCGCAGCGGCGCAUCCUUGCGCCUCCUGCGGAUGAUGACCCACCUGCCCCGGACGGUCCGGCCUCCGCUGUGCAGGCCCCGGCGUCCCGUGGCCGCUCCAGCGUCGCCUUGGUGGAGUUGGACGAGCCCGGUGACAGAGUGGCGGUGCUGCCGCCCGAACGACGCCGGAGCGCUAGGAUUGCUCGUAACGAGCCGUCCACCUGGCUCGGCGUGGAAGAAAAAGCUAUGAGGCUUAGGGCUCUUCGGGACGCUCUGACCGGCUGCUCGCCGCGCCUCAAGUCCAAGGUGGCGAGGGCCAAGAUGCUCGAUGGGGUGCUCGACCCAUUGACCGCGGCGGCUACGGCGGCCGUGCGCUCGGCGGCUGCGAUCCCGUCUGCUCCGGCGCAGGCUAGCUCCGAUGGGCUGGGGGGUGUUGACAAGUGCGGCGUCGUGCGGAACGCUAUCCACACUGUCAACCCCGUCCUCGCUUGUAUCCAGGAAAGCAAACUAUCUGAUUUGUCCACCAGUAAGGCUCGCUCGUUCUUGCCCUCCCGCCUGGGCUCUUUCGUGUCCAAAAAUGCGGAGGGUAGUAGAGGCGGGAUGGUCACCGCUUGGGACCCCAACGUCCUCAGUCUGUCCGCGUCUUCGGCCUCCCGUUACACGCUUACUGCCUCCCUUUCUUCCACGCGGUGCGCCCUCUCCUUCCGGAUCACUAACGUCUACGCUCCCUCCGAUCAUGCGUUCACGGCGGACUUUGUCGAGGACCUCAUGUCGGUCGCAGCGGGCAUCACUGGCCCCUGGCUGGUGCUUGGGGACUUCAACCUCAUCCGCUUCCCUCACGAGAAGAAUAACGAUCGCUUUGAUGCUUCUCGUGCGGCUGUGUUCAACUCCCUCGUUAACUCUCUUGCUCUGCACGAGCUCGCCCUGUCGGACAGGCUUUUUACUUGGACGAACAGGCGGGAUCCCCCCACCCUCGCUCGUCUGGAUCGCGUCUUCUUUGACCACGCUUGGGACGUCGCCUUCCCGGACUCGGGUCUGUCGUCUCGCCCCCGUUCUACCUCGGAUCAUGUGCCCCUAGUGGUGGAGGCCGCGACGCGGAUUCCUUCCCCUUCUCGGUUUUUCUUCGAGAAUGCUUGGCUCCGCGAUCCUCAGUUUCUCCCCUCUACCCUCUCGUCCUGGUCGAACACGGGGGCCAGUCGGUGCGCUGUGGGUUGCCUGGCAACUCGCAAGAAAAGGUUCAGGGCCGCGGCCAAGGUUUGGAAAAGGCUACACAAAUACAUUCCUGCUUUUGAUAAUAACUGCAAAUUUGUGAUUGACCUGCUUGACUUUUGGGAGGAGUGCCGCACCUUGUCCUCUGAUGAACACCAGCUCAGGCAGGACACGCGCGUGGCCUUGGCGGCUUCGAUCCGGCGGCAGAGCGCGUACUGGAAGCAGCGCGGGAAGUGCCGGGCUGUCUGCGAGGGGGACGAGAACACCGGCUUCUUCCACGCGAGCGCCUCCCACCGCCGCCGCGCCAACUCGAUCCGUGUGCUCGACGUCGACGGUGCGAUGGUGUUGGACCACGCUGGCAAGGCGGCGGCCCUGCUCACGUUCUACUCCGACCUAUUGGGCAGGGCUCGGCCCGCUGUGUGGAGCUUCGACUUGGAGGCUCUCUACCGCCACGCGCUGAGGGUGGACGCGGCGGCUCUGGUCGCGCCUUUCUUGCCCAGCGAGAUUAAAGAUGCUGCGAACCUCCUCGACCGGACUAGCGCGCCCGGACCGGAUGGCCUUGGCCCCGCGUUCUACCAGGCCGCCUGGAGUACGGUCGCGGGCGACCUACAGUUGCAGAAACAGAUUGGGGGCAUCAUCGACGUCGACCAGUCUGGGUUCUUGGCGGGGAGGAGCAUCUCCGAGAACUUCGUGUAUGCCGCCGAGGUGAUCCAGUGCUGCCACAAACGGGGGGCGCCUGCCCUCGUGUUCAAGCUGGACUUCACUAAGGCGUUCGACUCGGUCAACUGGGGGGCACUGCGCCGAAUCCUCAUGGCGCGCGGCUUUCCCUGUCGGUGGUGCGACUGGAUGGACCUGAUCUUCGAGUCCUCGCGGUCGGCUGUGCUGCUGAACGGCGUGCCCGGGCGGUGGUUCACGGUGCGCCGGGGGCUGCGGCAAGGCGACCCAUGUUCGCCCUACCUCUUCCUCAUCGUCGCCGAUGUGCUGCAACAAAUGAUCUGUCAAGACGGGGCCCUGUUCCACCCUCUCAUCGAUGGCAAGCCCCCCUGGUGA